CCUAAUUCUUAAUUUUCUCCUCUGCUUAACAUCCGUCUAUUUAACCACCCGCAGAAAGAUUAUUUAUUCUCUGUGAUUUUUAUCUUAUUCAGCUUUCUCAUCGUUUCUGAAGCUGUUUCCAUAUCUUUUGAUUCCUCCUCUUUCGGCAUAGUCUUCCACUACCUUCUACAAUUCACAGAAAAAUGGUGUAUUCCAAGAGUGUUUUGGACGCAAAGUCAAAGGUGUGGAGGGGUAUAUGGUACGCAGAGGCGCCUUCAAGGUGCAAGAGCGUGGCGUGGCGAGCGUGCAAUGAGGAACUGUUGGUGAAAUCUUUGUUGGUAGAAAAACGCAUUCUGAACGACGCCACGUGUCCGUCCUGCGGCAAGGCCGCCGAGACGACGGUGCACGCUUUGUUGCAGUGCGAGGAGAUUAAGCGCGUCUGGUUCGCAUCGCCGCUGGGGCUGAAAGUAGAAUUGCUGGGCGAAGUGACGAGUUUUUCGCAAUUGCUCGAACAGUUUGCGCGCGUUUUGGACGAGAAAGGCAUGGGCAUGGUGUGCGCCAUCAUUUGGUCAUUGUGGCAGAGACGCAAUGUGAGGGUUUUCGAAAACAAGAAACUGGAUUGCAAGCACGUUAUCGCGAAAGCCUGGUCCAUGAUCGCAUUUCAGAAAUGGGUCCCACCACCGGUUCAGUAUGUUAAAGCCAAUUUUGCUGCUCUUGUGAUAGACAAUCUUGGUACUGGAAUGGGAGUUGUAUUUAGAAACUCUUCCGGGGUAACUUUAGCAUCAGGCACAAAUCUUCUGGAAGAAGAGAUUUAUGAUCCUAAAAUUGGUGCUGCAUUGUGUUUCAAAUGGGCUGCAGAUCAAUCAGGGGAACUGGGUUUUUCGAAUGUUAUUUUCGAAACUGAUUGUAAAAUUUUGCACACUCAUUGGAACCUAAUAUGUGAAGGACAAGGUAUGAGUGAGAUUUCGUACCUUGAUUCUGUUCUGGAAGAUGUCAAAGUUAUGAUCGAGGGGACAGGAUCAUCUUUCUCACUGGUGCGUCCCACAGCCAACAAAGUGGCACAACGUUUGGCCGAAGCAGCUUUUGGUUAUGGUGAGAAAAUUUGGAUGGAUGUCGUGCCCGAAGAGGCGUCACUGAAUUUAAGGUCUGAUAUGGCAGCCAUUGCUGCUGAUAAAUAAAACUGCUAGACUCUCCUACGUUGUUAACUCUGAAUUUACAGUAUGUGCUAUGAAUUUUCUAUAUAUUUCUAUGCGCUGGAAAA